CGUGAUUCGCUCUGCGCUCGGACGUGACCGGAAGUAGCGACGUGACGUCAGCGGGAAAAGAUGGCGGCGUCCAUGAAGUGAGAGGGCAGAAGGGGCGCAGAAUGAGAGGAACGGCAGCAAUGUGCCUGGCACAGAUCCACAGAACGGUUAUCGGGUCACCAACCGCGUGCCGACUACUCCAGAUAUGCUGCAAGAGGAACCAUCGCUGGCUUCUUUUUCAUCCAGCUAAAUGCAAGUAUGUGACACAACAUGGGGCUCUAUGUCAGCGAGCGAAGCCCAAAACAGACUUGGGCGACUCGGCGCUUCAGGAAGAGAAAAGAAUGAGGGAGGUGAAGGCGACAUCCAAUGUACUCAAUGUGCCAGACAAAGAUCCUUCCAAAGACACAGCCGCUCCAGAAGAGCGAGCCGCUCCAGAAGAGCGAGCUGCUCCAGAAGAGCGAGCCGCUCCAGAAGAGCGAGCCGCUGGUGACAAACUCUGCGAUCAGUUCCCCACCUCAGAGGACAGCAGAGGCUGGAAGGAGAUCAAAGUGGACCUGUCUACCCUGCCUGGGAUUUUCGCUCGACUGUCAAAGAUCAGACUCUCAGCCCUGGUGGUGAUCACGGCAUCAGCUGGCUAUGCCAUGGCUCCUGUGCCCUUUGACCUCAGCUGCUUCCUAUUGGCCUCUGUGGGAACCGGCCUGGCCUCCUGUGCAGCCAACACCAUCAACCAGUUUUUCGAGGUGCCGUUUGACUCCAACAUGAACAGAACAAAGAGCCGGCCGCUGGUACGGGGGCAAAUCAGUCCUCUUCUGGCGGUGUCCUUCGCUGCAGCGUGCGCCAUCCCCGGGAUCUCCAUCCUGACUCUUGCCGUUAAUCCUCUGACCGGGGCUUUGGGUGCCUUCAACAUCUUCCUGUACACCUGCUGCUACACUCCCAUGAAGAGGCUGAGUAUCGCCAACACGUGGGUGGGCUCCGUGGUGGGUGCCAUACCGCCCAUGAUGGGCUGGACCGCUGCAACCGGCAGUCUGGAUGCUGGUGCUCUGCUGUUGGGCGCCAUCCUCUACUCCUGGCAGUUCCCUCACUUCAAUGCUCUGAGCUGGAACCUGCGAGAAGAUUAUUCCCGAGGAGGUUACCGGAUGAUGUCCGUCACUCACCCAGACAUGUGCCGGCGGGUGGCCUUGCGGCAUUGCCUCGCUCUCAUAGGACUGUCUACCUUGGCCCCGGCCUUGGAUGUCACCACAUGGAACUUCCCCAUCAUCUCCCUGCCAAUCAACUUGUACAUCUCCUACCUGGGAUAUCGCUUCUACCGGGACGCCGACCGCAACUCCUCCCGCAAACUCUUCUUCUGUAGCUUGUGGCAUCUGCCCACCUUACUGCUGCUCAUGCUAACCUGCAAGAAGUCUGUGGUGGGGAAAAAAGAAAAGGAGCGAGAUCCCAGAUAACUGGGAGAGGACAGAACUCUGGGGUUCCCCGAUCACUGAAUACUGUAUAUGUGGUGGGUCUGCUGGGAUGACCACACCGGACUUGUCUGACAGAACUAUUACCUACCUCCUCCAGGCGACGGACACGUGAAAGUAAUCAGAACCGUAACGCUCUCCGGCACGAGGAGUAAACAGAAGUGUAUUUCAGGGACACAUGGCCAACGUCAAUCUGCUGCUUCUCUGUGUACUUUUCCAAUAAACAAAGUGAAUUGAUGGUGA